AUGGCUAUUAACCAUGUUGCAUUUCUUCUGGCGUUACUGUGUUUGUACCGCACGUCGGAAUCAGCCUCCUUCUAUGGGGACAGCCAUGUGAGUCUUCCAUUCUCCGAUGCCUCAACAUCCACAGCUAUACAGCUGCGCUUCAAGACUCGCCGACCAGAUGGCCUCCUCUUGCUGGCCGCAGGGACCAUAGACUACCUGUCUAUCACUCUCAGUGGUGGGGUGGUGCAGCUGCAAGGUGAUUUUGGCUCUGGAAAGAUUGUUCUCACGUCUAGUUCAGAUGUUCGAUUGGAUGAUGGGAGAUGGCACCAAGUCAUGGUCACCAGGAACAAUGCUGUCAACACAUUGCAAGUGGAUACAGGCAGUAAAAUAAGUGCUGUUAGUCCUGGGCAAUUAUUCGAACUGAAUAUACAGAAUGCAAUUUAUUUAGGAGGAACUGGUGGUUUCCAGGCUCCAUCUGGCAUUGAAUAUAAAUAUUUCCGUGGGUGUAUGAGCAAUGUUGUAUUCAAUCGGUACAAUAUCAUCAGUGCCGCACAGAUGUUACAAGGCAUGGAAAAGACAUUCAAGGUAUCUUGGGACUGUGAUGAGGAGUUUGAUGCCUCUGUUUCUGAUCCUAUUAACUUUACAACAAACCAUUCGUUUGUUGCAUUUCCACAUUUACGUUUAAAUACUCAAGGCUCUCUGUCUUUAGAAUUAAAGACAGUGUCCCAUACAUCACUGCUGUUGUUUAACAUUGGUCAUGGCUCUCCUAGAACCAGCCUUGUGAUAUUGGAACUUCUGGAGAGACACAUACAGUUAGUUGUGGACCGUGGGGAAGGGGCAGUAACUGUGAGAAGUGACAAACUUGUCAGUGAUGGCAGAUGGCAUCAGGUCACGGUACGAUUUUAUGCCGAUAAUGUUAUAUUAGUGGUUGAUGGUGAAGAGAAGACAGGGGAAUUUCAGCCUGGUAGGAAAAAUUAUUUCUCUCUCAGAGGUCACCUGUUUAUUGGAGGGGUGGGAUUACAUGCUACAGAGAAGGUCAUCAAACAGAAUCUACAGUCAGUACAAGGAGACAAAGUCAGCUCUACAGCAGGUUGUGUUAGGAAUAUCCAGGUUAAUUCACGUCCGUUAGGCUUCCCACAAAUUCAGAUAAGCAAGAGUGUGUCUAGCACAUGUGAUUGGACAUUUUCAUGUGCUGAUGACCCAUGCUCUUCAGAAGAGACAUGCCAAGAGGAGGGCGAUGUGUUCCAAUGUACCUGUGAUAGAGACAGUUGUCAGCAGGGAUUACGAGAUCUACCCUCACAGCAAGAUGCUACAGUAGACUCGGGGAAGAGUUCUACAAAGGAGGUGAAACUGGUUGCUGUUAAGGCUCUAGAGGUUAAGGAAGGAUCACAGCAGGUCAUCAACACAGAAAAUAUUAAUGUUGUGUUUGAUCGCCAAUCUUAUGGUAUUCGUGAAUCUGCUAUCCAAUUUCAUAUUGUCACACAGCCUAUAAAUGGCAGAAUAGAAAACACUUUAGGCCGACGACGAAACAGCAAUGUUUUUACUCUGUUGGACCUUCAAGGAAGUAAGAUUUUUUAUCAGCAUGAAGGGUCUGAAUUACCAGCAGAUGAAGUAACUUUAGAAAUGGAUGUUAUAUCUGAUAAUGAAAAUAUUCCAGAUGAACUAGUGAGGAGAUUUGCUUUUGUUCUGCCUAUAAUAAUUAUACCUGUGCCAGACCCCCCUGUGUUAACAAUUCUCAAUAAUGGCCUUAUCAAAAUUGUUAAAACAACAAAGAUUUCUGUCUCUGAUUCAAUGCUGAUGGUUGAUGAUCCAGAUUCGGAGCCUAGUGAACUUGUUUACACUGUCAUGUGUACCACAAAUUCACAGGGAUUCUUUGAGAGGUACAGCGAUCCAGACCAGCGAAUCACAACAUUUACACAGCAGGAAGUCAUAGAUAACAUGAUCUGGUUUGCCAACAAAGGGGAAUCACUCACUUCCUGUUUGAUAAGUUUGACAGAUGGAUCUAACACCCUCAGAGACAUUUCUAUGGAGAUGGAAGGUGUCACUCUUUCAAUACAGCGGAAGGUCACUGAGGGAGCUAGGCUAGUUCAUGGCAGUUUUGUUGUGUUAAGCCCAGAAAACCUACUUGUGGAGACCAAUGUUCCAACUCAGGAUUUGGAUAUACAGUAUGAGAUUACCCAGCAUCCUUCCUAUGGACAGAUACAACGACUGCAUUUAGCUGAACAGCGAUGGAUUCCUGUCAGUGUGUUUGCCCAGCGCCACAUUAAUAAUGGGCAAGUGCGGUACAUACACACAGACUUGACCAAUCUUGGGGGGUCAGACCAGUUUGCCUACAUUGUCAUCUGCAUGGACCAACAAAUUAGACAACAGAUAUUCACAAUUCAGCUAGAAUCUGUAAGCAUUGAUGUGGUCACUUCUGAUACGAUCAGGAUUACCAAGGGCAACCACAAAAAGAUAACAUCCAAUGAACUCUGGGUUUUGACAAACAAUGAGAAUGUGGCUCAGAAUGAGAUCACUUUUACAUUGCUUCGUGCUCCGAUUCAUGGCCAUUUGUACAAAGCACCUGACAGUAUACCUUUGUCACGUAUUUUAUCUAACACAGAGCCAUUGCAUAAGAACAGCGUGUUCACACUAUUGGACAUAGAAAAAGGUGGUUUGGUCUACCAGCUUUCACGUAACUACUACAGUAGCAGACAUGACUUCAUGGACCUCAAAAUAGCUGCACCAGGUGCACGUCCAAAAAUUAAAAGGUUUCACAUGGAAUUUGUGCCUGAAGAACAGGAUGUUCGAUUUGUCAUCAAUCGCCUUGAGGAUGUAAUAGAAGGAGGACAGCGUGCUAUAGAACGCAGUCAUUUGUACCUGGAAACAAUGGACUACAGGGAGUUUGAGUAUACGAUUGUCAGGUUUCCCAGACAUGGCGUACUACAAAUUGUAGACCCUCAUUCUACUGCAGUUAUGAAGUCCAACAUAUCCAGGUUCACAAACGAAGAUGUCAGAAAUCUUAAAUUAGUAUACAAACAUGAUGACUCUGAAACAGAUACAGAUUCUUUUACAUUUACUGCCCUGCCAAUAAUUAAAAAUCUCAACCAGCUACCAACACAAGUCAACGAGAUAUCAGAUACACUAGAAAUCAACAUCAUGAUGAGGAAUGAUAAUCCUCCUGUUAGAUUAGUAGAUAAAGUGUUAAGAGUAGUGACUAACCAAGAAAAGGUCAUCACAUCGGACGACCUUGCAUUUACUGACCCAGAUAUAGACUAUGACACUGACCAGCUUAUGUAUACACGACGAGGAAUCCCUAAUGGAGAAAUUGUGUACACAUCAAAUAAAACUAAGACUUACCAGUUCUCUCAGAAGGACAUCAAGGACGGACUUAUAACUUUUCAGCAUUCAGGUGAUCUCUAUGGUAGGACGGUCAUUUGGGUCAGUGAUGGUCAGUAUUACACCACAAGCUUACUUGAGAUCCAAGCCUCCCCACCGGAGAUCAGUUUGACCCGGAACACAGGUCUCCUGGUCAACAAUGGUCAGGCUACACCUAUCACUAGUCAAAAUCUGAGUGUGGAGACCAAUAUAAACAUUUCCCCAGCCAGCAUCAGGUUUGUCAUGAUAGAGGAACCCUUACACGGCCAGUUGACCAUUGGCAGGCAGGAGGUCACAGAGUUCACACUGGAGGAUUUGAUCACCAGUCGAGUUAUGUACACUCAUAGGGGCACCAGUGUUAGUGAGGAUAUGUUUAAAUUUGCUGCUGUAGCUGGAAAUGUACAAGUGCAAGACCAAUUUGCUAUUCGUGUCUUCCUCAAAUCAAGACAACACCCUCCGAGAAUUGUUCAUAAUGAGAUCCUAGAGGUAAUGGAGACAGGUGUAGCUACACUCACAUCAACUGUCCUGCUUGCAAGCCACACUGAUAGUCUUCCGUCAAUGAUUGAAUAUGUGGUAAAGACAUCCCCACAAUAUGGUCAGUUACUGGUAAAUGAUCAGACAGAUAGGACUUCAUUUACACAGUCUGAUGUUAAUGAAGGUCUUGUUAAGUACAGCCAUUCAAGAGCAGGGCUAGAACAGGACUCCUUCAUGUUUGAGGUCAACAAUGGAUUUCAGACACUACGGGGCUUAGAGUUUAUCAUACAGGCUAUUCCUACAACAUUGCAUCUUAAUGUUCAAAACUUGACAGUACGAGAAGGAGGCAGAAAAGUACUGACUCCUUCCAUGUUGAGACUGCAGGGACGCUACUAUGAUGGUAAAGAUACUGCAUUUCUGAUAAUUCAGCAGCCUCGCCAAGGUUGGGUGGAGCAUGUGAGGGCAAGGGGACACCGCCACAGAUUGACAUCAUUUUCUUCAGACGACCUUCAACAAGGGGCCAUUUUCUUUGUGCAUGAUGGUGGUGAGAUGACGUCAGAUCAAAUGAUAGUAAAAGCUAGGAUAGAAGAUGAAAGAAAAGAGAGUAAUGAAGCAGUUAUGUUUAUUAUAGUUGAAACAGUUAAUGAUCAAAGCCCUCGUAUAGUGGUUAACCUCGGGUUGGAUGUGUGGCGUCGCUCUAUCACAGUCAUUACGCCAGAGGUGCUGCAAGCUGAGGAUGUAGAUACUGGACCAGACUUUCUCACUUACAGUAUAACACAGCCUACGAAUGGUCGUGUUGCCCUGCUCAAUAACACCUACAGGCCUAUUUCCAGAUUUACGCAGGCCCUCAUUAAUGCUGGGCAGGUUGUAUUCGAACACAAAGGAGAUAACCUUGGCGGAUUUGAUUUUCAUGUCAGUGAUGGUGUUAAUGGAAACAGCCGCCCUAGAAGAUUUGAAGUCCGAGCCCAGACCCUGAUGUUGGAAUUGGUAUUGAAUCACCAACUCAAUGUGUAUCCAGGUCAGACCAAACAAAUCAGCAAAGAACAUCUGUACGCUAGAACAAACGACCCAAACCAGGAGCGCCCCAUCCUUUACAACCUGGCAUCGCGGCCCCGUAAGGGUCGAAUAGUAACAAUGUUUAAGGACCGGGCUGUGGAAGUACAGUCAUUUCAACAGGAAGAUAUAAACAAUGGAAACAUCUACUAUGAACACACCAGUACAGUAUAUGGCUGGUCACAGGUUGACCUCUUCUUCUUUGAGGUCUCCACCCUCUAUGCAGAUUCUCUCUCUGAUGAGAUGUUUGACAUCAGUGUGUCGUAUCGACAUUUGGCAGAAGGAGAAAUAAGUGAUCUUAUUCAAGUCGGUGAUAUAGUUGUAGGUGAGGGGCAGGAGGUGACUUUGGAGCGAGACAAUCUUGAUGUGUCAAGUUACUUGCAACAGCUCCAACAUGAUGGUAGGCGUGCAUCUAUUGUGUAUGUACUGAAUAAUCUACCAAGACAUGGUACUCUAGAGAUGGACGAUCAGCCAAUGAGAAUGGGACAAAUAUUUCAACAAGUAAAAAUUGACUCACGAAAAAUAACAUAUAAUCAUGAUAAUUCAGAUACCCUAUUUGACUCUUUCACUGUGAUAUUAGAUAUUAAGAAUCUUGAUGAGGAAGAUCGACAAACAGACGAAGAGGUCAGAUUGACCGUAAAUAUAACAAUUGAACCAUUGAAUGAUGAGAACUUUGAGGUGAUUACACGAGAACCUGAAAUCAAUGUGGUUCAGGGCCUUCAGGCUUAUAUCACUAGUGAUGACCUCCAGACUAUUGACCCUGAUACCCAGCCACAGGAGAUAGUAUAUGAUGUGACAGCACCUCCUCAAAAUGGAUUCAUUUCCAAUAUAGGCUCCUCAGACACACCCAUUUCUACCUUUUCACAAAAGGAUAUUGACGACAGGAGGAUAAUUUUCAACCAUGAUGGCAUUAGUGGUAGCUCCAGUUUCAGAUUUCGUGUGUCAGAUGGAGCUUUCCCUGCAAUGUCUAAAGUGUUUCUUAUUAAUGUUAUCCCGAUGACUUUAGACUUCGUUGGAAACAAGACUGCUUGGCUACUACAAGGAAAAAGCCAGGUGAGGUUGAGUCCAGAUGUAAUAAAUAUUAGGACUAAUGGUAUACGUAGUAAUUUGAUGUUCAAUGUUACAAAGCAGCCAAUGUAUGGAGAGCUCUAUAAAGGGCAGACAAUUUCUUUAUCCCAAUUUACUCAGACAGAUGUAGAUAGCAACCUGUUAGGAUACAGACAACAGGAUAUGUCAUCACAUAUGGACUACUUCAUGUGUGAUGUGUUUUACCCAAACUCUGCAUUGCUGUUGCGGGGUCAGAGACUCACCAUUAUGGUCCAGCCCCUUGUCAGACAGAAACCUCUUCAGGUUCGUCCAGGAACUUUGCCCAAGAUCACACUACUUAUAUUAGAUGCAAGUGAGUUAGCCAAUAAGACCAACAGUAAUCCUAAUUAUGAGGUGAUUGAUGCUCCACGAUAUGGGAAACUUUUGUAUCAUAUACGGAGUAAGCGUGAUACAAGCGAGGGUGAAUUGUUCUCCUCAAUAGACAGUUUCACUCAUGAUGAUGUGAUGUCAGAGCGGGUACUGUACCAGCCAGAAAAUGAUGCAGGAACCAACUGGAAUCAUGACAGUUUCACAUAUCUGUUGACUGCUCCAGGGGUCCAGCCAGCCAAGGGUACCUUCCUUGUAGACAUAGACUCUGAUAAAGGGAAGGUUCCCUUUACUGGAAGUGUGACAGUGACCCCUCAUAGUCCCCACAUGGACAAUGACACUGAUAUUGGAGUCACUCCGAAACAGCUAGAGGUAGUCAGUCCUAAUGUCAGUAAUGACUUUGUGAUUGUUAUAGCUAUAAUUAUUCCCCUUUUAGUGCUUAUAGUGAUUGCUGUAGUCAUUGUGAUUGUUCUGUGGAGAAAAAGACAUGAAGGAGACUAUUUACCAGGGGCGCAGAAGUAUCUGCGGCCCUACAAUACUGGGUCUAUGCACCAAAUAGACCAGCCCCAUGUUCACAUAGCUCCCCAGUCUCUGUCAGCAGAGGAACAGGCCCAAGCUGGGCAGAGUUACUACAAUGUCCCUGUGGUGAAUACGCCAUCUGGAGGCCAUACCUACAAUGGGUACAGUCAUUCAGAGCUGUCACCUAAUGACUGGGAGUUACAGGCACCAUUGUUAGACUCUAGUAGGACUGAAGUUAGCCCCACUGUACCAGAGUGUAAGGUGACUCCUCUUGGGAACGAGGAUGCGGAAGAGAAUGUGUCUCUGGAGCCUAGUGUAACAGACAAAUCUACAACCAGUCUAGACCUGUACAAUUGGUCGUUGUCAGAUCCAGAGUUUAUUCAGCACUGUCGUACAACUACGCCCGUCCUCAGGGAGAAUCAGUACUGGGUCUAA